CCGCCACAUGUCUGGGUCUUCGGGCCCCUCGUCGGCGCGGCCGUCUAGCGGCGACCCGGGUGGCGACGCUGGCGGCUUCGCCAGGACGCUGCGGCUACGGCAGGGAGAGCCCGCGCCCGCGCCCGAGGCGGCCUCCGGCGGAGAGGGCGGAGCUGCCGGCAUGCACACCGCGCUCCACGGGCUCCUCGCCGUGCUGGAGGAGCCCGCCGCGUGGCCGUGGACCGGCGCCGGCGCCGCGCCCGAAAGGGGAGGCUCCUCCACUCCAGGCUCCGCCGCCGAGCCGCACCCCCGGCUCUUCGGCGAGGAGAUGCGCGCCGUCUCGCAGGACUACACCAACACAGUGUCAAUGAGGUUCGCGCAGCUCCUCGACGAGGACGUUGGUACCCGCAGCCGAAGCAGGAGGCCGUCCUUCACGUCAGCGCUCAGUGCCCUCUACGGGCCGGCGGACAUGUACGCAACGUCCAUGGGCCCGCCGGACGGGGCCUCGCCGGGGCCGUCCUGCCCGACGUGCCCGCUGCGGCCGGGGUGCUACCGCCUCGCUGCGGGGCAGCCUGGCGUGCGGCUGGAGAUGACGCUGCGCGCAGACGGCCGCUGCCGCUACCUGGAACGAGCAGUGCUCGGGCUGCACGCUGCGGUCGGUGGCGUCGGCGGUUUCCUGGGAGGUCGUGCUCGAGGAGAGGCCCGGCCUGGGAUGGGCGGGACGUUGUUGUUGUCGUCGCCCAGCGGUUCGUCCGCCGGAGCGGGCGAGGAGGCCUGCGGUUUCGUGCUCCAACAACUCCGCGGGGGGCGCUGCGCUGAGCGCCGGGUGGCGCGGGUCGAGGUGCCCCUGGAGGCCGUCCUCGCGCGCUGCGAGUACACGGCCCCUGCCGAAAGGCUGGACCCCUUCCCCGGGCACGACUCGCCCGACGCCGCCCGGCUCAUCUUCGGGCUCGUGGACCCCGCUUCGCCGGUGCUCCAGGGCCUGAGGUGCAGGCCCGACAGGGUGCCGUUCCACGCCUUCGAGGCGGAAUUGCGGGAUUGCGGAUUGCAGGUUGACGAGAUCAUCUCGGACUUCCGCUUCGUCGACCGCGACCAGGACGGACGGGAUGCUAUCCGCCGCGGACAUGCGUUCGCUCAAGAGCUACGGGAGCCCCGCCGCCGCCCCGGAGAUGCUCUAUGA